CUGCAAUGACGCGUUUACUCUUUUUUGGUGUUCUGCUGUGUUUUGGAGGCAGCUUCGCUUGGCCUGGUUUGGGAAAAUCUUCGGAAAAUGAUGGCGUAGUAUUCUGUUACUACGGAGAAUGGGCCAACACAAGACCCGGCGCCGGUCGUUUUGGUGUCAGCGAUUUGCCAACAGACCUCUGCACGCACAUCGUUUACUCGUUUCUGACGCUAGAUGGACCUACGGGGAACCUGAAAUAUCCUCUCGAAUCGACGAAUGAAGGGAAAAGUAACUCCGUAGCUGAUCUGAUAGCCUUGAAACAAUCAAAUGCCAAUUUGAAAAUCUUGGCGGCCAUUGGCGGUUGGGUAGAAGGUUCGGAUAACUUUUCACCGGUGGUCAAUGAUGAUACUCUGAGGGCAACGUUCAUCGGGAACUUGUACAACUACAUCGACACCAAUGGCUUCGAUGGAUUAGAUUUGGACUGGGAGUAUCCUUCACAAAGAGGAGGUCUAGAGUCUGACAAGGAGAAAUUCGUUUUGUUCGUCAAGGAGUUGAAAGAAGCAUUCACGCCCAAAGGUUACCUUCUGACUUCCGCUGUUGCUGUAACACAGUACAACAUUGACCUUUCAUAUGACGUCCCAGAACUCAAUAAAUACUUGGACUAUAUAAACCUGAUGACGUAUGAUUAUCACGGCACCUGGGAGGCAGGAACAGGUGUCAACGCGCCCCUUUAUCCCCAGGAAACCGAUGACCCCAACCUCAACCUGAAUGUGAAUCACUCCGUCCACGUGUGGAUCAACAAAGGUGCGUCUCCAUCCAAGCUGCUUCUAGGCCUAGGAGCAUACGGAAGGACCUUCACCCUGACGAGUCUGGACAACACCGGGAUUGGAGCACCUUUUACCGGUGCGGGAGCAAGCGGCCCGUAUACUCAGGAAGGAGGCUUCUUUGGCUACAAAGAGCUCUGCGAAGACCAGCAAAACAAUCCCUCUGCAUGGAACAUCACCGAGGUAGAGGGAAACUACGUGUAUGCCAACAAGGACCUCUUCUGGAUCGGCUAUGACAACCAAAACACUAUCUAUGCUAAGGCACAAUACGCCAAAGACAUGGGUCUAGGCGGUAUCAUGUACUGGGCCGUAGAUUUAGACGACUUCAGUGGAUCCUGUGGAGGCAAGUACCCGCUCAUCAGACAAGGCAUCGAGGGAUUCAAGUCAUCUGCUUCUAUCAUCAGUGCUGCAAAGUUAUUGUUAAUAGUGUCACUGUUUAAUUGUAUUAUUAGGUUUAGGUUUUUGUAAUUAUGACAUAUUGUAACAUUUGUAACUACUUAUUAUAAUUGAAAUGUAAAUAAAUCGAAACUGAUGA